GGACUGCUAGCAGUGUCACUGGGCGGACUGGGGACGUUGAUUAGUCAGUGGGCUGGGACUGGCCAGGGACGCAGGUGGCGGCUUGGGGCCGGGAGACUCUCGCAGCCCUCGAGGUAUCUCCUGCCUCGCUCUCCACCCCGUCCCCGCAAAUCCCGGGUUGGGGGAGGUGGCGUGUCCUGCGGAGGGUAGCGGGGCGCGGGGCAGGGCUGGAGCGCCAUGAGCAGCCCGGAUGCGGGGUACGCCAGUGACGACCAGAGCCAGCCCCGGAACGCGCUGCCAGCGGUGAUGGCCGGGCUUGGCCCUUGCCCCUGGGCCGAGUCGCUGAGCCCCCUCGGGGACAUGAAAGUGAAGGGCGAGGCGGCGGCCAGUAGCGGAGCGCCGGCAGGGGCUGCCGGCCGAGCCAAAGGCGAGUCUCGCAUCCGGCGGCCGAUGAACGCCUUCAUGGUGUGGGCUAAGGACGAACGAAAACGGCUGGCGCAACAGAACCCGGACCUUCACAAUGCUGAGUUGAGCAAGAUGCUAGGCAAGUCAUGGAAGGCGCUGACGCUGGCGGAGAAAAGGCCCUUCGUGGAGGAGGCCGAAAGACUGCGCGUGCAGCACAUGCAAGACCAUCCCAACUACAAGUACCGUCCGCGGCGGCGCAAGCAGGUGAAGCGGCUGAAGCGGGUGGAGGGAGGCUUCCUGCACGGCCUCGCCGAGCCACAGGCUGCGGCUCUGGGUCCCGAGGGCGGCCGCGUGGCCAUGGACGGCCUGGGCCUGCCCUUCCCAGAGCAGGGCUUCCCCGCGGGCCCGCCGCUGCUGCCCCCGCACAUGGGUGGCCACUACCGUGACUGCCAAGGCCUGGGUGCGCCCCCGCUCGACAGCUACCCGCUGCCCACGCCCGACACGUCCCCGCUGGAUGGCGUGGAGCCGGACCCGGCCUUCUUCGCUGCACCUCUGCCAGGGGACUGCCCCGCUGCGGGCAACUACAGCUAUGCGCAGGUCUCGGACUACGCAAUGCCUCCGGAGCCACCCGCUGGCCCCAUGCACCCGCGGCUGGGUCCAGAGCCCUCUAGCCCUGCAAUGCCAGGCCUCCUGGCGCCCCCCAGCGCCCUACAUAUGUACUACGGCGCGAUGGGCUCGCCGGCGGCGGGAGGCGCGCGCGGUUUCCACAUGCAGCCAGCGCAGCAGCAGCAGCAGCAGCAGCAUCCUCCGCCAGGCCCCGGGCAGCCUUCGCCCCCUCCCGAGGCGCUGCCCUGCCGGGAUGGCACGGACCCCAACCAACCCGCCGAGCUCCUCGGGGAGGUGGACCGCACGGAAUUUGAACAGUAUCUGCACUUUGUGUGCAAACCCGAAAUGGGUCUCCCUUACCAGGGACAUGACUCCAGUAUGAAUCUCCCAGACAGCCACGGAGCCAUUUCCUCCGUGGUGUCUGAUGCCAGCUCAGCGGUAUAUUACUGCAACUAUCCUGACGUUUGACAGGUCCUGAAUCCGCCCCAGCCUGCAGGCUAGAAGCACAGUGUUACACACUUCCUGGAAAAGCUAAGGAAAUCUUAGCCUCAUGUUUCGUUUUGUUUUUAAGUUGCCUUGGCAUAUAAUUUAUGGUAAUUUAUUUUCUCUGCCACUUGAACAGUUGGGGGUAUGUGAAGUAUUGUUUAAAAUUUAUUCAGGGGCUUUCUCCCCUUAGCAUUGUCAAAAAUCCCCUUUGCAAUUUCAAUUUAACUUGUUCUGAAUGAGUCCCACAACAGUUUACUCCAUUUCUUGGAAAUUUAUUGAUUGAAGAAAUUUUGUCCCAGAUGUGUUUUUCAACCUUUUAAAAAAUAAAACCUGCUUUUUCACUCUA